AUGAGCCGCAGCGAACAUCAGUCCUUAGACUUGACAACGCGCGGCUACACCGUCGCCAGCGUCGUGGAAGGCCCCGCUGCGGCAGCUGCUGUCGCCGCAGCGGCGCGCACCAACCCUGGGCACUUGCGCGCGGCCGUGGCAACCAUGGCCGACGGCGCGCGGCGCGGCGACGCUGUGCACGUGCCUGCAAGCGACGCGUCGACCUCGGCAGCCGCCUCUUAUGACGGCUUGACCUUUGUGUCGCACAUGCUGGCCGGAUCCGUCGCAGGCGUCGUGGAGCACACCGCCAUGUACCCAGUUGAUACGAUCAAGACGCGCAUGCAGGCCCUCAGCCACCCCGGGCAGCGGCUACACACAUCGACCAUCCAGGCGCUCAGGGCGGUGCUGCGGCGGGAGGGCGCGCGGGGGCUGUACCGCGGCGUUGGCGCGGUCGCGGGGGGCGCAGGCCCCGCGCACGCGCUGUAUUUCGCGACCUACGAGGCGGCCAAGUCGGCCCUCGGCGGCAACGCCGGCGGCCACCAGCCGCUGGCGGCCGCGGCGGCGGGGGCGACGGCCACACUGGUGAACGACGCGGCGAUGACGCCGUUUGACGUCAUCAAGCAGCGGCUGCAGGUGGCCCACAGCCCCUACAAGGGCACCCUGGACUGCGUGAAGCAGGUGCUGCGGCAGGAGGGCGUAGGGGCGCUGUUCAGGUCCUACAGGACCACCAUUGUCAUGAACAUCCCCUACACCGCAGUCCACUUCUCGGUCUACGAGUCGGCCAAGACCUUCCUGCUGGGGCACCCCGGCGGCGCGGCGGCGGGCGGCGCAGACGCCACCGGCGGCAGCAGCAGCGAUUGCGGCGGCAGCAGCGGCGGCGUGGUGGGUGGCGGGCUGGGGGCAAUUGAGGUGGGGGAGCCAGAGGAGGGUUUGGCGGUGCAGCUGGUGGCCGGCGGCCUGGCGGGCGGCGCGGCGGCGGCGGUGACGACGCCGCUGGACGUGGUCAAGACGCGGCUGCAGACGGAGGGCGUGGCGUCGCCGCGGCGCUACAGGACGAGCGCGGUGCUGCCCGUCCUGCGGCGCAUCAUCAGCGAAGAGGGCGCCGCCGGCGCAUGGCGGGGGCUGCGGCCGCGCGUGCUGUUCCACGCGCCGGCGGCGGCGAUCUGUUGGGGCACAUACGAGUCAAUGAAGGGCUUGCUCGGCAGCUGA